UCAAACACAUCUCCUUGUAUUAUUUUUGUCCUAGCUAACUAGGCAAGAUGGUCUAUAAGCUUAUUUCUCUUCACAUGAACUUGUUCUAUAUUAUCUCCCUUUCAUUACUUAAUCUUGCUAAGCCAAAUGCGGCAUAUAGUGUGUUAAAUUUUGGGGCGAGGCCCAAUGGUCAAACCGACUCAACCCAAGCCUUUCAAAAGGCUUGGGCUUGGGCUUGUAAAUCGACGAAACGUGUAACACUUGAUGUACCAAAUGGUAGAUUUGUGGUCCGACCCAUGUAUUUUAGUGGGCCGUGUAGAAAUGUGGUGACCAUAAGAAUAAAGGGUACAAUUGUAGGACCAUCAGAUUACCGUGUGUUGGCCCGCUCGAACGUGUGGCUUCAAUUUUACAAUGUUAAUGGUCUCGUCAUUCAUGGUGGUACCAUUGAUGCUAGGGGACAUUCGUUUUGGGCGUGUAGGCGUCGUUAUGGGUAUUGUAACCAUGGAGCACAGUCUAUAUCAUUUGUGUCAUGCAAGAACGUAGUGGUAAGAGGACUAACAUCAAUAAACAGCCAAGUGAGCCACAUGAGCAUAAAGAACUGCCAUAAUGUUGCACUCAAUUACUUAACACUCCGAGCACCCAGCGGCAGCCCUAACACCGAUGGAAUUAAUGUUCAGCAUUCUAAUCGUCUUACCAUUUACGGCUCCGUAAUAAAGACCGGAGAUGACUGCAUUGCACUUGGACCUGGUACCCAAAAUACUGUCAUUAAUCAAAUUGUUUGUGGCCCUGGACAUGGUAUUAGUAUAGGAAGCAUGGGAAACAGCCUAAAGGAAGAUGGAGUACAAAACAUACAAGUAUCAAACGUAGGGUUUUGGAAGACAACAAAUGGUGUAAGAAUCAAGUCAUGGGCUAGACCUAGCAACAGCUUCGUUCGUGGUAUUACAUUUCGUAAUCUCGUCAUGCACAAUGUUUAUUUUCCCAUCAUCAUUGACCAAAAAUAUUGUCCCAAUAACCAAUGUCCUCAUCAGAAUUCAGGAGUAAAGAUAAGUGAUGUGAAGUACAUAAAUGUAAAAGGAACGUCAAAAACCAAAGAAGCAAUAUCAUUAACGUGUAGUCCAAGUAAUCCAUGCAAAGGAAUUAGAUUGGAAAAUAUAAAGUUAAGUUUUGGGAGUAAACCAGCAGUAUCAUCUUGCAGCCAUGCUCAUGGAAUUAGUCGUGGCAAAGUCAUUCCUCGAAGUUGUUUUUAGAACACAUUUAAUUAUCACAAAAUUAAUGCCUUUAAUUAUAAGAGGGGCC